AUGUCAUUUCUCAACAUUCUUCCAGCUCCCAAAUCCUUUCCAUUCAUAGUUCCAUACCUUCUAUUUGAGAACACAAUGCCGGUUACCGAAUUCAAUGCCAUGAUCUUUGGUCUUUUCCAGCUAGGGAGUGCGUACGAAUGGGUUGUCACGAAGAAAUCAGGUCAUUCUUUGGAAGGCGAUCUUGUUUCUUUGAUUGAGAAAGAACAAAAGCAUCUUCAAAAAACGGGUUCGCUUCAGCAAGAAGUCUCCUUUCAGCUCAAAGGAAUUCACUUCUACUUCUUGCUAUUCCAGGGCAUAUCAUUCCUUUUAGUUGGUCUAGACUUGAUUGGUGAACAAGUUGAUUGA